GAAGUUACUUACGUCCGUAAUGUCAUACAAGCAAGAUGGUAUUCUCUUUGUCUUGUUAUGCACUGUGUACAACGCUGUUUUCAUUAUCGAUUGCUCCUGAAAUUACGGCUGGAGAGGACAUUACAACAUGUUGUUCUACAGGAGAUGGAUGCUGUGGACCUGACUGGGGAUUACACUGCUGCAACUUUGUGGCAAAGAUUUGCUGUUAUGGACAGGAAAGAGUACUUUCAUUGCAUCAUCACAAUCGCCAACACUGGACCUGGAAUAAACACUGGCUCGAAGUAACACUGUACAUACUCCUGUUAAUGCUGCUUAUAACAGGAAUCCUGUUAUGCUGUAAAGCUUAUAAAGGUCGCAGAACUGGAAGAGGCAUGAGUGAAUACACAAUUCUACCAGGGUAUGAGUACCGUUCUCAACAAAGUACACCACCAACAGCCCCAGUAGUACAAGCCUUCCGAACUAAUGAUGAGUACCCGUUAAUGAAUUACCAGAAAAGUCAACCACGAGGGCAUUCCCUAAACACAAAUCAAGCGGCACCUCCACCACCAUAUUAUGAAGUUCCUUGAAGACACAAGAACUCUUCAUGAAUAAAUAAAGUACAUAUGAAUCUUAAUGUAUGUGUGGACAAUUCAAUAAAUAUCUUUCCUACCUUACCUAAGGGGGCCCAUACAUGUACAAGUCUGGCUCGUGAGUCCGACUUGGCUCGGGGUCCAAUGAGCCAAACUCGUCCGUGUGUGGGUUGCCACACUCAUAAGUGUGGUGAAACUAAUCAGAGCCCGGCCCCUCGACAAGCCAGACUCAUAUGCGUAUGGGCCGCCUAACACCACAAAUCCUAUCAACUGAUGAGAGUUUUCAUCAGCCCCACUAAGUAGUAUACUAAAGAUUACCCCAUGUACUUAACCAUAUGAAGACAAUCUCAGACUGUCAUUAUUUAAGUUCUACUGUGUUGCAUUUAUAUUAUAAUGUUCACAAAACUGUUA